CUAACUCAAUGAAUGAUAAAUGAGAGCUAGUAAAACAAAUAGCUCAAGGAUGCACUGGAGUGAGAAGGGCAUAUUGAACAGUGUACUGUCUUCGGCAGCUGGCGCUCGUCAAAGUGCCAUUUCUGAGAUAACUUCUCAUUUGGCGCAUACAGAAAAGUAAACACGUUCGAAAAUCAAGAAAGGACCAGCUUGUCGUCAACCUCACAUCACCAGCUACGUGUCUUGAGCCACUCUCACUCCCCGGGCUCCAUGGCGGCAGCGGUGCAAGGCAGCGAAUGGUCUUGCGGCCGAUGCACCUUCCUAAACGCAGGGGCGGCGCCGCGCUGCUCCAUCUGUGAGGCACCUCGCCAGAAGCCUGACCUAAACCAGAUCCUGAGGCUGAGCAGCACCGAAGAGCAGCAACGCUGGGCCUGCCCCCGCUGCACCCUCAACAACCCCCAGGGCUCCGGCGCCUGCACCAUCUGUGGCUUUGGACCCUCGCCAAGCACCCCCACACCGACCACAACCAUGGCGACCAUCGCCAAUGGCCUCGUGCCGCCGGAGACUCCCACGCCUGUCAUGACUCCCAUGGUUCUCCUGGAGCCCCGCGGGCAGCAGCCGUCCGAGGAGGCACUGAGGAGGUCAGAGAGCAACGGGGAGGUGGGGGGCCUGAGUGGCCCGGGUGGACCCGAGGGGCAGCAGCAACACCACCACUUGGGCUGGGCGUGCCCGCGAUGCACACUUCAUAAUACUCCUGUUGCACUGUCUUGUUCGGCCUGCGGAGGACCAAGGAAACUGUCGCUGCCCAAGAUCCCCCCUGAGGCGUUGGUGGUGCCCGAAGUGCACACGCCCGUGCUAGGGUUUCCCGUCCACGUGGCCCCUGCCCCCCCGCUCCUCAUUGACUUAACGGAUGACUCACCCACUGCAGCCACCCCCUGCGAACCCCAGGAGCCCCCCCACAGCCACUUGCCCCCACCGCCACGCUCCUCACCUUUCACGCCCUUCUCCUCUCUCCAGAACAACCCGGUGCCCCGCAGCAGGAGAGAGGUGCCCCCACCGGGGCGUCCGCCCAACCCUAACCCCAAUGCCCCAAGCCCAACUUCUCCCUCCACGGCCUGUGUGCUGCCCCAGCACUGCCCUGCCCUCUGCCCUGCCAAGCCCAAGCACGCCCAGCCCCAGGAGCCCUCCUUCCUCAGCAAGCGCCACAGCAUCCUGGAGGAAGGGGACGGCACCCACCCCCUUCCUUAUCACACCUCCAAGACCCCCGUCACAUCACCUCCCACCUGGAAGUGCCAUGGAUGCUCCUUGCCCAACCUGAGUGACUCGUCCAAGUGCGAGGCAUGCCACUCGUCGCGGGCCGGCGCCGACCUUAUCGACCUGGUGGGCUGCGAGUCGGUGCGCUUCACGCCAGCAAACCCCUCUAGUCCGGACUCCAGCACCUGGGCCUGCUCCAAGUGUACCCUACGCAACCCCACCGGGAUGACCAAGUGCACGGCCUGCUGCUCCUCCAAGCUACACGGCUUCCAGGAGCCUAGUUCUCACUGCUGCCCGCACUGCAGGCUCCCCGGCCCCUGCUACUGCUCCUCAGCCUCCUCCACAUUGUCUUCUGGACACAAAGCCAGAAAACAGGCCCGGGUCUACCCCUCGCCCUCGGUCACCAACACCACCACCUCUUCUUCCUCAUCCUCGUCCUUCUCUUCCUCGUGCACACUGCUGCAGGAGAAGCAGUGGGGCUGUCCGGCGUGUACGCUGCUCAACGACGUCAAGUCCAAGAACUGCGCAGCAUGCCACACACCUCAGCAAUACCUGACACUGCGCAAGGUGGCCAAGCCGCUUAAGAGGAGGGAGAGCAUGCAUGUGGAGGCGAGGCGGCGCAACGACGAGGGCGAAGCCAAGGAACUCUGGGAGAACAUCACUACCUUCUGUCGAGAGAAUGUGGUGAACUUCGUAGACGACAGCUUCCCCCCAGGUCCGUGUUCCGUGGGCUUCCCUGAGGGUGACAGCGUACAGCAGCGAAUCAAAAAGUGGCUCCGCCCCCACGAGAUCAACUGCAACAACUUCAAGGACCGGGGCGUCAAAUGGUCCGUCUUCUGCACCCCGCGGCCUUCGGACAUCCUGCAAGGCCUGCUGGGAAACUGUUGGUUCCUUAGUGCGUUGGCGGUGCUGGCAGAGCGUCCAGAGCUGGUGGAGAGGGUGAUGAUCACCAGGGGCAUCUGCCAGGAAGGGGCUUACCAGGUCAGGCUGUGUAAGGAUGGUACCUGGAUAACCGUCCUAGUGGACGACAUGCUGCCCUGUGACGAGUAUGGAUACCUGCUCUUCUCCCAGGCCCAGCGUAAGCAACUCUGGGUGGCCCUGAUAGAGAAGGCCCUUGCCAAGCUCCACGGCUCCUACUUUGCCCUGCAGGCAGGGCGCGCCAUCGAGGGCCUGGCCACGCUGACUGGGGCACCGUGCGACUCCCUCAUGCUGCAGGUCAGCUCCACCAACCCACGCGAGGAGCCCAUCGACACAGACCUCAUCUGGGCCAAGAUGCUCAGUUCCAAGGAGGCCGGGUUUCUGAUGGGGGCAUCAUGCGGAGGAGGGAACAUGAAGGUGGAUGAUGUGGUGUAUGAGUCGUUGGGCCUCCGCCCUCGUCAUGCCUACUCUAUCCUGGACGUACGGGACGUGCAGAGCUACAGACUUCUGCGGUUGAGGAACCCGUGGGGUCGCUUCUCGUGGAAUGGCAGCUGGUCAGACGAGUGGCCUGACUGGCCGCAGCUCCUCCGCCACGAGCUCAUGGCCCACGGCAGCAGCGAGGGCGUCUUCUGGAUAGAGUAUGGAGACUUCAUCAAGUACUUUGACUCAGUUGACAUCUGUAAGAUCCAUUCGGAUUGGCAGGAGGUGCGGUUGCAGGGCUGUUUCCCCAGCAGAGCCUUUGGUCCUGUUACGGUCACUGCCCUGACCGUACUGGAGAGGACCGCGCUGGAGUUCGCCCUUUUCCAGGAGGGCAGCAGGCGGUCGGACACAGCAGACAGCCACCUGUUAGACCUGUGUAUCAUGGUGUUCAGAGCAUCGUUUGGCAGUGGCAACAAGUUGACCCUGGGCCGGCUGCUGGCCCACAGCAAGCGGGCCGUUAAGAAGUUUGUGGGCUGUGAAGUGAUGCUGGAGCCGGGCGAGUACGCCAUGGUGUGCUGCGCAUUUAACCACUGGCAGAUGAAUAUCAGCGGAGUGGGGCUGCCCACACCAGUGUCGAGCCCCACGAGUGCACGGCGUCCCACCCAAGACUUCCCAGGGUACAUUCUGGCCAUCUACAGCUCCCGUCAGGUGAUGGUGGAGCAGGUGGAGGCUACCGCUACCACGCUGGCCGACGCCAUCAUCCUACUGACCGAGAACAAGGGAGAGAGACACGAGGGUCGCGAGGGCAUGACAUGCUACUACCUGACCCAUGGCUGGGCGGGACUGAUCGUGGUGGUGGAGAACCGCCACCCCAAGUACUACCUCCACGUGUCAUGUGACUGUACAGACAGCUUCAAUGUAGUGUCCACCCGCGGCAGCCUCAAGACCAUCGACAGUGUACCGCCUCUACACAGGCAGGUGCUGGUAGUGCUAUCCCAGUUGGAGGGCAACGCAGGCUUCUCCAUCACCCACCGGCUGGCCCACCGCAAGGCCGCUCAGGCCUCCCUAGGGGACUGGACCCCCACCAAGGCCACGCACAGCCCCCAGCUCACCCCCGACAUUGACGGGCUGCACCGGCCACGGCCCCUAUGACCACGGCCCCCCCCUCUCACACACACAUACACAAGCUAAUGACACACGCGUACGUGAACACAUAUGUGCGGAAAGAGGGGGCUGUAUCAAGCUGGAAUACACACAAAACAUUUGGAGAGAGGGGGUAAUUGUGGAGGCAUGCGUGGGGAGGAUGACUGGACAGAGUACAUGUGGUUUUCCUCCUCCACCUUUUCCUCUAAUUCCUCGAUCCCUGAAGGAUGAGGACUCAACCCUGCCAAACGCACCUGGAUCCAGUUGGGAAUUAGGAGAAGAGGGUGGAUUGAUGUGCCAUUUUGGAUGUGGUGGGGGAUGAGGUACACCUCCCAGGUUAAAUCAGCAUUUCUGGGUGACUAGAGGGGUCCUGAGCCUGAGAUCCUGCAACCAACAAUGAAGAAUUAUAUAUCUAGCCUUGUCAACUACAACGCUGUACUGUAUGUCUGACUAUGGACCAGUUACAACUGAAGUUGGAAGUUUACAUACACCUUAGCCAAAUACAUUUAAACUCAGUUUUUCACAAUUCCUGACA